AUGCAGCAGAACGCAAGAAAGGAUCAAAAUGAUUGCGCGGUUAGACUUGCCUUGUCUGUGCGUGAACAGCAGCAGUUGUGGAGAAAUGGAGCAUUAAAUAAGUCUCGAGGCCAUGCAACAGCUCAUGAAAAACAGCAGGAACGAGAACGACAAGAGAUGGGCUUUGAUCGCGUCUUUCAGGAAGCCUUUCGUGAUAAACAAGGAGAUAAAGGAGGGGAUGAAAUAGAGUUAGGCAGUAUAGCUGAUAGAGAUGCGUUUUCGUUAGCACCGGCGUCGUCGCUGAACUCAAUGGGUGAUGACAACAGUGGAAAGAUGCAGGAAAUGAAGACAAAAAGAAAAGAGAAACGAAAACCUUUAGUUGAGGAGGAAGAGGAAAGAGAACGGGAGGUGUGGGGUUUUGCCUCAAAAGGAAAUGGUGCAUUAAUUCUUGAUGACUUUGAUGAUGCUCUGUCUGGAAGCCACCAAUUGGAUUCUUGCGGUCUUGGUGUGGCUACAAAGGCAGCGGAGUUUGAGAGAUGGAAAGCUGAGGACGCUCAACAUGUUGUUAGUGAUAACUUUGUGCGACUCAACAUGCGCAAGCGGUUUAGAGGAAGUUCUGGACGUGCGAAGAAGCGACCAGCGUAUCUGCGAGCGAGACAUGAACACCCGCUGGAUGAAGCCACUGGUGACAUUUCCACAGGUCUCGCUCCCCUUGUUGAUGCGAACGGCAGUCAGCAGCGUAAACAAGAUAAGCCACUGCUAACCGAUGACGGAGGAGACUUUAUCGAGAAAUGCAUUGAGGCAUUGGCCGAAGCUGAAAAAGUUCGUAGUCCUUUGGCUGCUGACACGUCGGAGCCAACAAAUUUAGAGCGGGAAACACAGUCUAUGGAACCGCCAAGAUGCCACCAUGCGCUUGUUUGUCGGAGUUUGGAGGUCAAGAAAAGAAACAAAAAUUACGGUCGAAAGUUUUUUGCGUGCCCGUUGGCGUUUGAUGAAGGCCGCUGCAAUUUCUUUCUUUGGGAAGAUGACCACGUUCCUCUCGCACUACAGACACUUUUCACUGCUCCGUCUUUGACUAGUGCCGUGGCAUCUGCGAUAGAAGCAGAAGCUAUCGAGUGUGUGCCUCUGGACAUCGAGGCGCCUGUAGAAGAGCAGCAAGAUGCAAUGCUCGCUAACUUGCGACUUGUGUUUGGUCACGCUAAUUUUCGCCCUGGACAGCAAUGGGCCAUCUCGAGGGUGCUUCAUCGCCAAGAUACACUUCUCGUGUUGCCCACGGGUGCUGGCAAAUCGCUAUGCUAUCAGUUCCCAGCACUGUUUUUACCUGGAAUUACGCUCGUUGUUUCACCCCUUAUUUCGCUGAUGAACGACCAGUACGAGAGUCUUCCAGCACCUUUGAAGGCUCGUGCUGUGUGUCUUUCUGGAUCCUCUGGCUCCGCUUCCGCCUUGUCGAAAGCAAAGCAUGCAGCAUUUGUACGUGACUUGCUGGCACAUAAGCUUUCACUUGUCUUUUUGUCACCAGAAAAGGCACUGGGCGCAGGAAUGCAGGCUCUUCUUGCGAUGCCGUGCGUUCGAGCGCGACUGGCACUAGUGUGUGUUGAUGAGGCGCAUUGUAUAUCUGAGUGGUCUCAUCAUUUUCGUCCAAGUUAUCUGCGGCUUGCAGAGGUUUUCCGUCAUGCGCAGUGCGUUCUAUGUGUGACCGCCACAGCUUCACGACGUGUUGUGCAUGACGUGCUGCACCAACUACGUUCACGCUGUCAAGUUCAAGCUGCUGCCAACAAGGUUUGUGAGAACGAAAGUAACAUGGUGUUGCAAAUGCCGUGGCAACGGAGCAACUUGGCGCUUGAGGUCCGAUUGCGACAAACAGAGGAGUUAGCAGCUUUGCUUCGUGAGCAACUGCCUUCUACCUGGCGCGGUGCCGGAAAAGUUAUGGCGUUUCAUGCGGGUAUGUCUUCAGAAGCAAAGGAGAAGGUUCGGACGGGCUUUGGACGAGGAAGAGUACGAGUGGUGGUGGCCACCGUGGCUUUCGGCAUGGGUAUUGACAAGAAGAAUGUACGCGCAGUUGUGCAUUUUCACAUGCCAUCUUCGGUAGAGGGGUACGUACAGCAGGUUGGACGAGCUGGUCGUGAUGGGAAGGCCGCGCGAGCACUUCUCUACCUGCUGCCUGAUGACGCUAUUUACUACCGUUCGUUGCUGUUCUCGACGGCGCUACACCGCGACCAACUUCAGAGGCUGCUUACGCUAGUUUUCCAAGAUCACGCAACCUCAGCAAUCACAUCGAGCAAAAAUCACGUGAUUGCAGUGAAAUACUCUGGCCCACGAGAUGGUGAUCUGACACUAGUGUCCUUAGAACGGGAUUGGUUGGAACGCCACCUCGACCUUAAGGCGGCUACGAUCGAAACAUUUUUGACGCUACUAGCACUUGGAACGCAGCGUGGUCAAGAAAUCAACAAGGACGACAACUCAAAUUUGCGCGUGGUGUUGCGGCCCUUGAGCAUGAGUCGGUGCACGUUGCAGCUGCUCGACACGCAGGCUAAUAAGUUAGCACCACGCUCAUGCGCAAAGCUUUUGCUUGAAGGUGUGCAGCGUAAGGAGCUUCCUAAUGCACGUGUGACACAUCGCAAGGACGGGUAUUUGAGUUCGUGGGCUGUGGACUUUCAUCUGCAUGAAGCAGCUCAGUGGUACGAACGUACAAAUAGGACUCGCGAAAUCGUCAAAAAAACUGCUGCUACAUUGGCAAGUUCAGGUGCUAAGCAGGAGGGAGAGACCAACGCUGCUGCUAUUGCUGCCGCAACAAACGAGCGUCGUAUGCUGCAAGAACUCCGGGCAGCGCAGCAGACCGGCCGCAUUCAGCGCUUAUCACUUUCUGAACCAGCGUUCCAGGUGCAAUUGAGCUGGCAAGUUGGCUUGAGCGAUGAGAUGAAAGGUGAGGUUGUGGAGCAAUGGACGAAGACUUUGUACGCAAAACAUGAGGAGCUUGAAUCUCGUCAGCUUGCACGCCUUGCUUAUUUAUAUGAAGCACUGCACGCAGCUGCAUUGCCAACGCCAUCUCCGACAGCUUCACGACAUCAAGUUGAAAAUAAGACUGAAGAUCUAGAGGAUAAAGCGCGUGUUCUUGAGACCAAACUUGUGCGCUAUUUUGACGACGAGGAUGAGAAAACUGAUGGUGACGAAGCUGAACAGUGUCAUGAGGACAAACAUCGUUUGCAGAAGAUGUUACGACCACUAACGUCAUCUCUGAUGGAAUCGAUUGAGCAUGAUACGCGUUCGCUUGUACAACUUCGUCUUGGUGGUAAUUAUGCAAUGAAAGGGAGAGAAGCUGUGGAUGACAAGGAUACAGAGGAAGGUAUGAAAUGGACGAGCUAUUCAGUGGCCAAGGUCUUUCAUGGUCUAACGAGUCCUCAACUUUCGAUUCAACAAUGGCGUGACCAUUUUUGUUGGCGUCGUUAUUCUGAUGUGGCUUUUGAAGAUAUUGUGCAAAUUGCGCAUAAAGUUUUGAUAAAGAACCAUGAGACUACAAAUGUAAUCGAUGCUUCAUGUGACAAGUACGCAACCGUCCUCAAUGGAUCAUAA